AUGGAUUUGAUUUCACUGAUAUUUGAAGUCUCCGGACCAGAGAGCCAGUCCGACCUGAGUCUGUACAACGACUACCUGCCCCUUAUUUCCAUCCUUAGUCCCUGCAAGCAUCUAUCCCGAUCUAACAGCAGCGUGUCCAACGUGGCCAGCAAAAGCGGUGACUUCCGUGUCAAUCUCGACGUGCAGCAGUUCAAGCCAGACGAAAUUUCCGCCAAGAUUGAGAAAAAUUUUGUAGUAAUCGAGGCCAAGCAAGAGGAAAAGCAGGACCAGCAGGGAUUCAUAUCCAGGCGGUUCGUGCGGAGGUACUUGCUGCCCGACAAUGUGGACAAGGAGAAGGUCGAGUGCAAACUUAACUUGUUAGACGGUAUCCUCGUAAUCACAGCUCCAAAAUUGAUUAAGUCGCAGAAUAUUCCAAUUCAGCAGACAAAUCAACCAGCCAUGUGCUCCGAACAGUUGAUCUUUUAA